CUAUAAGAAUACGCCGGCCCUGCCUCCCAAAUCAUUCCGCGCUUUCUUCCUUGCUCAUCGCCGGUUCCCUGAGCUCCCACCCGCCAACGUUCGUCAGUAGGUCAGUGCCGGCCGGGUUGGAGUUGGAUCCAUGGCGGAGAAGAAGGUUGUGGUGAAGCUGGACGUGCACGACGACAGGCAGAAGCAGAAGGCGAUGCAGGUCGUCUCCACCCUCCACGGUAUCGACCAUAUCGCCGUGGACAUGAAGGACCAGAAGAUGACGGUCAUCGGCACCGUCGACCCCGUCGUCCUCGUCGAAAGGCUGCGCAGCAAGUUCCCCACGGCGCAGAUGCUCACCGUCGGCCCGGCCAAGGAGGAGAAGAAGGAAGGCGAGAAGAAGGAGGGCGACAAGAAGGAGGGCGAGAAGAGCAAGCCGGUGGUGUACCCGCCUCCGUACUGGUACCCGCCGCCGCCGUACCACCACGCCUGCAGCGGCGAGGAGGACCCCAACUCGUGCAUCAUCUCCUAAUCGGCAGGCGCCGCCGAUUUCCUCCUCUGUACAUUUUUGUACCUGGCCGUGUGCUGCUUGCCUGGCGAUCGAUCCUGCGUGCCACGGUGAUCGACGAGGGCAUGCGCUAUACAUAAGGCCGUGUAAGGAUUUGCGCCGGUGAUCUAGUGAGUUUAUAAAUUGCAGAUAUAAAAUGGAAUCACAGUGUGGAGGAAAAUUAAAUAGAAAUUGCCCACUUGGAUUUUCAGUGAA